AUGCGUUUCAUCGGUUUGACCAUCGCUGCCUUCUUUGCUGUCGCCCUUCACGGUUGGGUUAACACAGCUGUGGCAACAGCUAAGAUCGUUACCAUCUGCUAUUCCCGUUCGUGCCCGCCUGUGACCGUCCGUAAUUAUAACAACUGCUAUGACGUCGAGACGGUUGAUGGGAAACUACAGGGUCACUGCUUUGAUAACCCACAGGUCUCGUGCGUCUGUAGUACGUAA